AUGGACGGCACCGAACUCAGGAAUCUCGCCCAAGAGCGUCUGACUGCCGAUACUAACGACUCUCCUGAACGUCAGCCAGACCAAUCGAAGCUUUUCCGCGAUCACAUCUUGCCCUGGUGGUUUACAGUGUGUUGUCUGAUCUUGAGCCUUGCGUGCUUACUCGCAAUCGUUGCUCUCCUUGCCGCAUACGAGGGCAAGCAAGUCCCUACUUGGAACUACCUAGGCGGAGAUGUCACGUUCAACUCGGUCAUCUCCUGGCUGGCUCAGAUUGCUCGGGCGGCUCUGGCUGGACCCACUGGCGAGGUGAUGGGUCAGCUUAGGUGGUCAUGGCUCAGGCGAGAGACACGACCACGGCGCAUAGAAGACUUCCAAGCGUAUGUGGAUUCGAGUGGGCCACUGGGCGCAUUGAAGAUACUGUUGCGGUCCCUCAAAAGUCCCUUGACCUUCUUGGGCGCUUUCCUGAUCAUCGUCCUGCUUGCCUUCGAACCUUUUCUGCAAAACAUCCCAACGUAUCCGCUGAGCCUCAUCCGAUCGGAAGGUGCUGCAACCAUUCCACGCACGACAAGCUUCACCGCAGUCGCGAUCAGCCGGCAAGGAGCAGAUUUUACUGGAAACGCCCUCUUACUGAACGCUACCGUCAAAGGCGCAUUCUACGGCGGCUCCUCCAACCUAGCAAAUAGCGCUGACCUGACAUCAACCUGUCCUUCUGGUAACUGCACAUGGCCAACGUACACCUCUCUUGGCAUUGCUGGUUACGGCAAACAAGACAUGUCUUGGCACUUGCCCGGUCUGAAUGGAUUUGGCAUAGCGGCGAGUCAAUCCUCGAUGGGCGUUAAGAAUGGCUAUCCUACCGUGAAGUUUGCAAAUCUGCAAAACUAUUCCAUCGUUGAUUUCAUAUCAAUAUACUAUCCCGCUGGUAAUUUCGGCAGGCCAAGUAACUCUGCGCCCGCAACGUACGGAUGUAUCCUAUACUUUCGCGUCAAUUCCUACUCUGCUCUAGUUGCCAACGGCCACUUUAUCGAGACACUCGACUCAAGCUUUCCUGAAGCAUCGACUGUAGCAGCAACGGCAGCAGCAGCCAUCAAGUCGCCCGCUGGAGGAAGUGGCCCAGCAUCUCGCUCGACCGGUCAGCUCACGGCAACUUGUACCCCUUCGGACAUCAAAAAUACCAUCGUACCGCCACUCGACGCUCAAUCUUACCAUGUGGACAACCAGACCUUCACUAUGAUGCGGCUAGGAUUCCAGAGCGUCCUGACCGGAGCCGUCAAUGCAAAUGCACCCGCGAACAGCACGAUUGACGAUGUCUCACAGGUUCUGAUCAGGCAAGCGGUCAUCAACAUCGUCGAGCCGCAUUGGCCAUGGCUCAUCCUGCCCAUGGCUACCAUUGUGCUAGCGCUGCUUUCGAUCCUGGCCACCAUGAUCCAUAGCAACAUCAAACGCAUCCCGGCGUGGGGAACCAGCACUCUACCUUCACUGGUCUACGGGCUUGAUGCAGAAACCGCCUCGGUGCUUCGUGAGCGUGGGCCGCGGCAAAAGAUGCUCGAUGAAAUGUCGAAGAAGUACGCCAUGAGCAUGUCUCGUGAUGCGCAGGUGUGGAAGCUGCAAGGCGUACAGCAAGGUAGCGUGGUGAAGGAGCGCGCGGGACGAGUGCGCCGGUCCUGGAUGAAAGGCGGUCGCAAGUGA